AUGGCAACAAUAAGAAGUUGUACUCAUGCUGGUAGUUGGUACUCAAGAAAUGCAUCUGAAUUGAGUAAGCAACUCGACAAUUGGUUAGGUGAAACUAAAUCUAUUGGUGAGAAUACACGUGCUAUCAUUGUGCCACAUGCCGGAUAUAGUUAUAGUGGUAGAGCUGCUUCAAGAGGAUACAUAAACUUGGAUGCAUCAAAGUAUAAGAGAAUAUUUAUUCUUGGACCAUCUCAUCAUGUCUAUAUGAAGACAUGUGGACUUACCAAAUUGACACAUUUCGAAACACCAAUCGGUAAUCUUGAAGUCGAUACCGAGGUUAUCAAGAAGUUGGACGAUACCAGUAUAUUCACAUGGACAACCAAAGAUGUCGAUGAAGAUGAACAUUCAAUUGAAUUACAUUUACCAUAUGUCGCUAAAAUGAUUCAAGAUAAAAAGAUAAAGAUUGUACCAAUUAUGGUUGGUUCAUUAUCAAAAGAUACUGAAGAACAAUAUGGAAAGGUGUUGGCGCCUUACUUUGAUGAUCCCGAAAACUUCUUUGUUAUCAGCAGUGACUUUUGUCAUUGGGGAAAGCGAUUCGGUUACACUCACUACAAUCAAUCGGCAGGUCCCAUUCACAAGUCCAUCGAAGAGUUGGAUCGUACUGGUAUGUCAAUGAUCGAAACAGGUGAUCCUCUCCAAUUUUCAACAUAUCUUAAAGAGACUAAAAAUACCAUUUGUGGAAGAAAUCCGAUUGCUGUUAUGUUAUGGACUGCCAAGAACAGUCGUAAUAAACACUCGAUCAAGUCACUUCAUUACGAACAAUCAAGUCAAUGUAUGAAUAUGAAUGAUUCAUCUGUAAGCUAUGGUGUUUUGGCAAUCAAACAAGAUUAA